AUGCCUCCCAAAAAAACUUCUUCCACCAAAAAGGGCGCUAACCUGCGGAUGGAAACUCCAGUCGUCGACUUCGUGAUGCGUACCCGCAGUGGUGUGCCUAUCAACCAACACAUGACAUUGAUAUUUGUCGUCUUUGAAAGCAUCAGACUAAGACACAACCACCCGCCAAAAAAAAUCAAACCUACCCCCUUGCUGAGGGGGAACUCGUUCCUGAACUUCGAUGACUACAGUGCCAUCCUUGCCCAGUGCGCGAAAUCCUCCGUUGCUACCACAGAGCUCCGCACUGACGCUGAGUCUGACAAGGGCAAUCCUGUAGAUGAUACCAAAAUUCAUGCAAGGAGUCGGGCUGAACACCGUGCAAUGCUUGUUCAGCAUGAUCCUUCCUCUUUGGAAGAGGAGUCUGACGAAGAUGAUGAUGAAUACAAAGAAGAUCAAGAAGCCGACAAAGAAAAAGAAGAAGAAGACAACGACGAUGACAACAACAACAACAACAACAACAACAACAACAACAACAACAACAACAACAACAACAACAACAACAACAACAACAACAACAACAACAACAACAACAACAACAACAACAACAACAACAACUUACCUGCGCCUCCAUCAAAGGCGAAGUUGCCCAAGAAGCGCACGCCUCCAAAAGCUCUCCCCCCAAAAUCAACAGUAACAGAGACUUCCUUGACCACCCAGGUACUCCAGGCUGCCAGGCAUGUGAUGACGAAGUUGGUCGAGAAGAGUGCUGUCUCCAGUGCUCUGCCGAAAAGCUCCAUGGCAAUGGAGACUGAUGAUGACAAUGACGACCUUCCCGUCACUUCUAGACCUGGGCGGCUGUGCCAGGAAGGCAUAGGCAACGCGCAGGAGCUCGGGCGCAAGACGCUUCACGCUGCCAAGAUAAUUUGGCACAAAUAUGGAAAAUCUGCAUGUACAAUACUCAUCGAGGCUGGGUUGUCUGUGAAACACUCCAGGGCCGAGACCCCAUGGAACAUGCACCAAGGAUGGUACAAAGGAAAAUAUCCUCGAGAAACGGAUGAAGCUUAUUCUCACCUAGAAGGCAUUGAGGUCAUUGGCUGUGUCUUUGAUUCGACUCCUGAUGAGGCAGCCCGACAGGCCUCGGGUUUUGUCGCAGGCUCAUCCACGUUCAUGGAUCUCACCAAUGAACGCCAAGUGGACGCCCAACUUGCAUUAGAUUGGAUUAUUACUGCAGCGAAGGCAAAAAACUACCAGCUCGCAAUGCCGCAGUUUGGAGGAGCUUAUGAUAUUUUAUUUUCGAAGCCUGGUGAAGCCCCGCAGGACUGUUACCGACGUAUCUGGUCGGUCAUGUGGCAGAAGCUACUUGACGUUGCAUACCAGAACAAGUUCCAAUUCGAACUCUGGCCUGACGAAGUUCCCCUGGUUGGCCCAGACUUCAAUUACCACACCCUCAGCACACAAUACCUGAAGUUACUCGUUGUACCUUACAUCAAGCGCAGGGCUUCACAAUAUUAUGACGCCAAACUGAAGACAGAAGCUGAGAACUUACUCAAACUUCAGCGCAAGCAAGGACGCAGCAAUAAAACUCUUGAUGAUAUCAUUGACGAGUUGGAUGUCGCUGUGUCCGAGAUUGAUAUUGUUUCUUGGCCGAAAGAUCACAUCGAGCAAUGUGAAAAGGACGAUGCUAAAAUGUUUGACAUUCCUUUGGUCACCAGCACUUCCCACAUCAUUCUCCGGAAACUUGCAGACUCCGAAAAAUUCAAGCAGUGCAUCCCCAGAGGGUUGCUUCAAAGUACAAGGAAGCAACAUCAAUAUGUGGUUCAAAUGUUGGCGCUCCUUCGGGAGGGAGGCAGCUUGGAGAUACUACUCGGGAUUGCCGGUCUCAACAACAGACCUCCACUGCUUGUGAAUAUUCUAUUGUUCAUGAGGACCACUACACUGAUGAUGGUCUGCCCCAUCCAGAACGCUGCCCAUCGGGGUUUCAGCUGCAGAAGUCUUGCAAGCGACCACAUGCAGAGGAUUUUGGCAAAUCAACAACUUGAAUCUGAGGCUGAUAGCUUUGAUGCAUCAGACUCUCGUAUCAGGAAGAAGUCAAAGGUUGUACGUCAUUGUGAUGGUGCACCACAUGUUGAAUUGCCACCUCUGCACUUUGUCCCUGCUCAUCCUCAACUUCAACUUCAACCUCGCCCUCGCCCUCGUGCACCUACACCUGACUACAAACCACGUCAGCACUGGGAUGAUGAGGCCCUUCGAGAGUGGUUGCAAGGCCACAUUGGGUUGCUGGGUCAUCCCAAGGAUCAAUUGAUGGGCUUGUAUUGGGCUGACCCAUAUGUAUACUGUCCCUUGAAUAUUGAACAAGUUAAGCGACAAGAACAGGAGGGCUUGGUGAUCUAG